UACACGUUUCUUCUGGCCAACCAUGGAUCCCAAGUAGACGCCGCAAGCCGCUGUUGUCUGAGCGAAUUAAUAGCGCACUCGCUCGCAGCUUUCCUCUUCCUGACCUUGCCCGCCUCCGGCUUGGCUUCUUAAUAUUUGAUCCGGGAUUCCUACGCUGUCCACCCAUGGCCACAUCGGAUGGACUAGACGGAUGUCUGCAGCGAGGCAGAUCUCAAAGUGACCCGAAUAUACUCUCCGAACCGGGGAUCGAUUUGGCUCACUGCGCAGAUGUGCCGGACCAGCAGAGGGUGCUGAGGACUGGCUGUCUGAUGACAGGGGUACACACACCCCCCAUCAGGCGGAACAGCAAGCUGGCCACACUGGGCCGCCUCUUCAAGCCCUGGAAGUGGAGGAAAAAGAAAAAUGAAAAGCUAAAACAGAGUUCAACAGAUGUAGCAUUAUCCAGCGGCCUUUUCUACCACGACCCAAACUCCCCCAGCCAGGGCUGCUGUUCAGAUGGAACACUUCUGCUUGGUGGCUUUGGGGCACCUUUGAACUCAAACUUCACUGUCAGCAGUGUGGAAUACCUUGGACCAGAGGACGAGCAUCCCCUUCCAGUGGUCACGCCCCUCCAGGAAUGCGAUCGUCUGGAGGAAACUGUAAAUGCAUCACUAAGAGCUGAGGAAGGAGACCAAGAGGUGCACCCUAUCGGGGAGUUAUCCGAGGGCCUGCAGGAUGUCAGAGAGAGGAUGGAAGAAAGACUACAAGAGGAGAUUGUUCCAGGAACAUCCCCGCCAAAAGUUCCUCCAAAACCUUUGCCGCAGCUUACAACUGGAGACGAUUCAGGCCCUGUGUCACUCCCGCUUCACCAUUCCAACUCGUACCACCCCAAGGAGCCUCCACCCAGGGCCCCAGAGAGCCUGGCACCCACCACGCUGCCCCUACGAGGGCCCCUGACCAACUCCUCAGGGUCACCUCACCUUGGCAAUAUGAUUCACCCACCUAUGCCCCCUAGUUGCAUUAUGGAAGAGCUGCAAAGAGCGUUUGCCAACAAGAACAGACAGGAGAGUGUGCAUGAAGGGUGUGAGCAGGGCUCAUCACCCCCACGGCUGUGGUGCUCGGAUGGACGCCUCGUUCGCUCCUGCAACUCGGAAAACCAACACACAUCCUCUCCGCCAGGCGUCUGUGUUGGAGGUGGUGGCUCUGACUGGCCCAAGAAGGAGGCGGAGGAGAACAAGGAGAACGUGCGGCUGGACCAGUGCUUCUCCAACACAUCAGGCCUCCCCACUGACCUGGAUGGAUGGAAUGACUCUGUCAUCUCUGGCACACUUCCUCGCAGGUUAAGGAAGGAGUUAUUGGCUGUCAAACUACGAAACAGGCCCACCAAGCAGGAGCUGGAGGACCGGAACAUCUUUCCGGCGAGGAGCGACCAAGAGCGUCAAGACAUACGGCAGCAGAUUGAGAUGAAGCUUGCCAAGAGGCUGAGCCAGAGACCCAACGUGGAGGAGCUGGAGAGUCGGAACAUUUUGAAACAGAGAAACGACCAGACAGAACAAGAGGAGAGGAGAGAGAUCAAACAGAGGCUUAACAGAAAACUCAACCAGCGGCCCACAGUAGAUGAACUUCGGGACAGAAAGAUUCUGAUCCGCUUCAGUGACUAUGUGGAGGUAGCUAAAGCUCAGGACUAUGACAGGAGGGCAGACAAGCCUUGGACGAGGCUCUCAGCAGCAGACAAGGCUGCCAUCCGUAAAGAGCUAAAUGAGUUCAAAAGCACUGAGAUGGAAGUGCACGCAUCCAGCAAACACCUUACGAGGUUCCACCGGCCAUGAGAGCUUGGAGUUUCUUCUGUGAAGAAAUGUGAAUGUGCUCAGUGUCGACAAACCUGAAGCCUUUUCUGUCUUCAGCGAGUCUCUUCACUUCUUCCUGCUUGGUCAGGAGAGGAUGCUCAUGGCCUUCGCGUUCGGGAGGCCGCUGGCAUUUCCUGAUGGCAGCGAGCUAGUGGGGGAGGACUAUUAUGGAGCCUCUGACUUCAAGGAUACGAGCCAAUGAGGAAAAAAUAUGUUUUGUCAUUGAGUCAGUGUUGGGUGUUUUUUUGUACCUUUUCAUGGACAUGACAAGAUGUUUAUGAGAAGACUGUGCAUGUGACCACCUUUUCUUAAUUGCUGAAUAAUGUGUCACUUGACUGGGGAUGGAUUUGAUAUUCACUGUAGAUACAGUAUGU